AGUAACGUGUAAUUUACGUGAUACAGAAGAAUCUUAAUUCCAAAGUAGAUUUAAAUUGAAAUAAUAUACUUAAAAAUUGUUUGUGUUUAAAUAGAAGAUUUAAAUAUACACAGAAAAUGCAGCGACCAUUCAGAAUAAGAAAAGAAAUAGCAUUUUUAAUGAAUCAACCACCAGAAGGAAUGUUUUGUUUUAGAAAAGAAGGUACCGAUGAUGGUAUAAUAGUUACUAUCGUUGGUCCACCUGGAUGUGCUUAUGAAGCAAAUGUUCUUGAGUUAGAUCUCGAUUUGCCAUUUCGAUAUCCAUUUCAGCCACCACAUAUAAAAUUUCGCACGCCAGUUUAUCAUCCAAAUAUUGAUAACAAUGGUCGCAUAUGUUUAGAUUUAUUAAGAAUGCCACCUAAUGGUGCUUGGAAACCAACUUUAAAAUUAGCUGAUAUUUUAAUUGCUAUUAAAUUAUUACUUUUACAUCCUAAUGUCGAUGAUCCGCUAAUGCCAGAAAUUGCAGAUGAAUAUAUAAAUAAUAGAUUUAUGUUUGAAAUUAAAGCUCGUAAUUUUGAAGAUGGCAAAAGAAAGAGAGAUCUAACUCCUAGCAUAUUUUAAUCGGAUUACAAAUGAGUAUUAUAAUCAAUUUUAUUUAAUGUUGACAUAAAACUAUGCAUAAUUCUUUCUUUCCCUUGCUUAGUUUCAAAUAUUGACUUUAAAAAUGGUUUCCUUUUUUUUACAAUAUAUCAUAUUUUUCUUAAUAAAAGUACGUAUUACAAUUCUUACAAAAUGUUUAUGUUGUACAUGCAUCUUUCUUAUACUUGUAUACGCAUUACUUUUAUCAAAAAAUGUUGGUUCAUUUUUUGUUCAUAAAUUUGUUAAAUAAAAAUACAUUCAAGAUACAAUAAACCUUAUUUUUUUUUCUUUUCUUUUUAAAUAUAAUUUACACCUUAUGAAGUAUACUGAACGAACAAUUAGGCACGCAACAAAGGCAGUUGAAAAUAUCUUUUUUUUUUUUUAUCAUCUACUAUUACAUAUAAAUUUAUAAUAAGCAACAAUAGUUUAUACAAUCAAUACGGAAAAAUGGAUAAUACAAAUUCUUUUUUAUUUUACAAGUAUCACAUCGAAGCAAUUAAUGAAGAUUAUUAUAAAUUGUAUAAUUUCUUAUUCCCUUGAUCCAAAUGAAUAUUUUCUUAUUUGGAAUUGUCACGAAUUUAUAACGUAUUCAUAACACAGAUAAAAUAUAAACUUGACGUAAGCAAAGAU